UCACUCUCCUUUUCCCUGAUGCCUGGAGGAGCUGGGUCCUGACGGUGCCACCCUUUUCUACCUGGACCUGCUGGGACAAGGCCAUAGCUUCUCCAUCUCAAUACCUGGAGGUAACCAGGCUGCUGGUACAUGGCCAGCCCUAGAAUAUCCCCCAUCAUCCCACAGUCCACUGCAGAUGUCUCUGUGAAUUUCCUUCCAGUCUUUUUUCCUCCUGCAUAUUUGUAUAUUGACAGCAUCCGGAUCAUACUCUAUAUAAGUUUUGUAUUCUCUCUUUUUAAAACAUCACAUUACAUCAUGAGCAUAUUAUUGGAAAUUUGACAAAGACUUGAUUUUUUGAUAGGCCCAUAAUAUUCUAUCAUGUAUCAUUCAUUGGUUGUUCCACAAAUAUUUGUUGAGUGCUUGCAAUGUGCCAGGUGUUGUGUGGCUUGUGCAAGCAGUUGACUGUAGGACAAAUGUGUGAGUCAAUGAAUACAGGGCAGGAGGCUCAGAGGCACUUGUUGCUAUUUCCAGGUUCACAGCUGUUCCAGGUAACUGAACUUGCCCAGGUAAGAGGAGCACCAAUGUAUUUUGGGUGGCUGGCAUCGGUACGAGCACUGGACUGAGCUCUAAAUAUCCCCAUUUGGGGAUGUUUCCUGGUAGAAGCAAAGGAAAGCUUUAGGAGCAGUACUUGUCAGAGACAACUUCUUCCAUAAGCUGCUUCUUUACUUUUUAAACUUACGUUUUCAAUAGGUAGUAUGCUUACAUUGUUCUAAAAUUCAAGACGAAAUAAUAAUGUACACAAUGAAAAGGCUCAUUCCCACCUCUUCCUCAUCUGCCAGGUACCCACCUCUGGUAACCAUUUUUAUCAUUUUUUUGGUAUGUAUUAUUCUAGAGUUUCUUUAUGCAAAUACAAGUAUCCUUUCCAACACAAAAAAGUCGUCUACAAUUUAUAUACUUUUGCACCUUGCUUUUUGCACGAACAAUAUUUCUCAGCGAUAUUUCCAAAUAAAUUAAGAUCUUUUUAUUACUUCUAUAGUCCUAUUACUCCUAUAUAGUAUUCCAUUGUAUGGUCAAACAUAACUCUCUAGCCAGUCACCUGUUAAUGGACAUUUGAGUUUCCCAUUAGGUUUGUCAUCUCACACAAGGCUGCACUGACAAACUUGUGCGUAUUUUAUUUUAUACAUGUAAUUGCUGGGUCAAAGGGUAAACACACUUGUAACUUUUGGUAUAUAUUGCCUAAUUACUUUCUACAGGAUUGUGCCAGUAUACAUUCCCAGCAGCAACACUCUUGACCCCACUUUUGGGCAGGAACCCAAGAUGAUUGCUUAUUAGGUCAACAGGCUGAACAUCUGCUCUAUACUAGAUCCCAUGAUAAACAACCCCAGUGCAAAGAACAAGAUGCUAUUGGCACCUGCCUUUGAGCAGAGGGAGAGACAGACCUAUUUAUUGGACAACCAAGUCAAUACGUGAGAAAGCACUAUAGCAUGAUACAGGAAGUGCUGUGAGAAUGUGGGCCAAGGGAUAAUUUAUUCUGCAAGGAAAUCUUCAGAGGAAGCAAUAGUUAAGCUGGGCCCUGAAAGACAAGCAAGUUGUCUAGGGGGAGAGAGGUAUUUGAGACAGGGGGGAGCAUGUCUAGAAGCUGAUUCCAAGAACCAUAGAUAGAGUUCACGGACGGAGCAUGAGGAACUAAGAUCGGAGCUAAGAUUGGAGAGGCGAAGCCAACAGCAGGGAGAGACGUUAGCUGAUGAGCCUUCAUCCUGAAAGAACCGAGCAGUCUUUAUGGGCACAUAAGUGGCAGUGACGUGGCCAGAUCACCUCCCAGCCACACUCUCUGCCCACUCUAUUCCCCUAGACCCCAACACGCCAGGAGCAUGGUAGUGUGUGUCCAUUUCACCCCAAGGGGUCAUUUGUUGCCUAAACUCAGACCUCACAAUAGCUCCACGUAGGCCAGUUAUGAUGCAAGAAGUUUGUGACUGUCCCUUGGGUUCCCAUUAAAACUGUCUUACAAAGAAACUCCAGGCACUGACACCUCCCAUCUUAGCCUAUUGCCAGAGUAUGAUCAGAGAAUGGGAGAAUGGCUGUCAGAAGACUGGAAAACAGAGGGCUAGAGAUUCAAGGGCCCAAGAAAGGAUGACUACAGAGGGGAAGUCAAAUAAGAAUGGAACACCAGUCCAAGUAUUCAAUAUAAGCGAUUCCUUUCAGGAUAAAGACUCCCUGUGCUGCCAGGGGGAUCCAUGUUCUGCUUCACCAUUGGGGAUAUGGACCAAAUUCUACAAAUCAGACCCACGCAUUGCCCUCGGAAAAUACUCCCCCUUGGAAAAAGAGAUCCUACGUCUAGGCGGUGUUCACACCAUAGCAGCCAGGAGGUUUCUGACUUAUAAGCAAGAAGAAGAACGGAAAAUGCUCAAGGAACUACAGGUGCUGUCUUCAGACUAUAAAAGGGCGGUGGAAUAUAGGAAGCAACUCACCCCUCCUUGUGCCACCUGUGGACCCCUAGAAAAAAUAUGGACGGCGAAGGUGAUGGUGCCCCCAGAGGAGUUCAAAAUGCCACAGCGGGAGAGGCUGAACGUCAGCAAGCACAUAGAACGAAUGCAGCUCGCUCGAGCCCUGAGGAAUAAGCAGCCUUUACCCUACAUUGAAAGAUUUAGGAGCUCUUUGCUUCUGUCUGGAGGGGGCCUGGACCUCCCGGCAAGGGACAAAACUGGGGAAGGCAAGGAUGACCGAGACGCCGAUCACUGCGACUAUGCCCAUCAAGAGAAGAGAGAUGAGGCAGAGAGCAAAACCACGAAAAGACAGGAAAUAAAAAUGAACGUAAUUUUCAAGUCAGGAGAGCCAAAAAAAUGUGUAACGUACCAUCCAAAUGAUCUAAAACCAUUCCUCCCUCCAAAAAAAGCAGAAAGAUCCAUCGCUGGCUUAACAAACAGAAAUCUUUUGCACCUGGCCGAAUUCCCUGGAGACCUAAUGCUGAUGAAUCAGGAUUUUAUAUCACGGGGAAUCCACCCCGGUGAUGUGUCAAAGGCCAGCUGCCUGGAAGAAGGCAGCGCCUGGAAGGAGUACAUGCACAAAGUUGCUUCCCACCAUUAUUAAAGGUUUAUUUAUUCCCCAUGGAAGCCGAGUGCCCUGGUCCUUAUUACUCCUGCAGCUCUGCCCCAGCAGCUGUAGCAGGCCAGCCCCAGGCUUGUUCACGGGGCUGCUGCAGGAGCCGAGAGAGCAAGCAAAAGUCCGCAAGGACUCUUGAAGCCAAGACCAGAACCGGCACACCACCACUUUGCCACACUCUGUUGGCCAAAGCAAGAUACACGGCCAGGUCCAGAUGCAAGGAUAUACGCCCAGGAGAGGGAUUGCUGGAUCACAUGCCACCUUUACUCAGAAUACUACCCAGCCCUGGUCUGUGGAGAGGACGGAUGAGCUCCCCAAUGGAUAUAAAUGCAAGAAUUGAGUCAACACGGGAACCCUGGGGAAAAGGCAGUUCCUCAUCUUACAUCCCAGCCCAAGCACCUGCCUUCAACUCCAAAGUGUCAGGCUGCCUGUCCUCCCAGCAGUGUCCAAGCACGGCUGUGGCUGCCUGGGGAGAAAAAGUAAGCACGGUCCCUUUUCCAGGGAAAUUCAAGGUUCCUAAAAUCACAACAUCCUCUGGAGGAAAUUUAUGGGUUAACAGCAGUUUUUGAGGAUCUUUGCCCCUCGGAUUCUGUCCCCAAAGGUCACACCUGGUUUCUAAACAAGCCUGGUCUCCCCCCUUCUAAGCUCCUUCCGUGUGGACUGCUCCACGGCACAUCUUACCUCUCCUUCUCCAUGAGAUGUACUAGUUGUCUCCACCUGGCUCACAGACCCCCUACGUGCCUUCCACCCCAUCAGAACUUUCCAUCUACUCUCUUUCUAGAUGGGCGUCAUCUCCUGCUGAGCACCCAGGCUUUAUUCUCACGGAAGCGUUCAAGGGUCUCUUGGGCAUUUUGUAAGCUGCCUCCCCAGCACGGAUUCUCUCCUCGUUGACAGAGAACCACAGGUUUAUUCAGUUUCUCUUCCCCCCUGAAUGUCCCAUGGGCUUUGGGAGAGGUUGACCCCAGACCCAGCUCUGAGAACUGGCCUCAGUGGUGGAAGAGGUGGUGUGAGUGUCACCAGGGGGCUCCCCGUCCUGGUUGGUGAUGGUGCAGGAAUGAGCGUGUCCCCUAAACGGGCCACUGAAGUGAAAGGAAAGGUCUGGCUGCAGGGGAGGUGGGAGAAGUCUGCUCUCCACUUCCUCCCAACUGAGAGUGAAGUCAAGUCACAAGGCAAGAGGAGGGUGCGGCUGCCAGUCCAGAGCCACUGGGCAACCUCACCUCCAAAGCCUCCACUCUUCCAGCCCCAGGAGUCAUCCCCUUCCUUGUUGUUGAAGGCAUUUGAGAUGGGGUUUCAAUCACACGCAGCAGGAAACAUCCUCACCCACUUAAGGUCUCAUGAAUCCAAGGACAGAAAGUGCUUCUAAGUUUCCUUAGAGACUCAGAAGAACAAGAGCUGUCUUCUGUUUGAGCCCCCCAAGCUGAGCAGACCUGCUCCAUCUCACUUUUCUUUAGAGGAAAGGCUAUAUUGGCUAUACUGGAGGAAAGCCUCCAAUCCAAUGUUGACUAAACUUGAUGACAGUCAUUCUGUAGUGUUCUAGGCUUGCUCCUGACGUCUCAGUUAUAAAUUAUAUGUUUUGCUGUAUGUUCUUUCUUGUUGUGAGUUAUGAACUUAAACUUGUUCCCUUCAAUGACUAGUUUCUAAGCGUUUUGUUACAACAUUAAUAGCUAUUCAGUUUUGUUGAAUUUGCUUCUGUAUCCAUUGAGGUGUUAAUAUGGAUUUUAGUGUUAAUUCUAUUAAUAUGAGAGAUUUCAUUAAUAGAUUUUCUGAUUUCAAAUUAUGUUUGCAUUCUUAGGGUAAAACCUUACUUUUUUUUCCCCUUGUUUACUAAUUUUAUUCAAAUUCAGU